GCAACAGCGAAGAGAUUUCAUAGAGUAGACUUUGGGACCUGUCAAUAUUUCUUCUGUUAUUUCAACAAACAAAGAUAAUUUAUCAGUAUUUCUUUGUUUCUGUUUGUCUAUAUUUAUUUUGAAAUUUUAAAAUUUGUCUUUUAAGUGUGCUAAUAUGAUCUUUGCUUGAUUGUGGCGGAAAUUUAAAAUUUUCUAGUACCAAGAAACAUAAAUAAAUAAAUAAAAUGACUGUAAUGGAGUUUUUUGGCUGCGCUAUGAUAGCGUUUGGACCAUGUGCUGCUAUGCUAGCUAUAACUAUAGCACGGGAUCCUAUACGAAUAAUUAUAUUAAUAUCAGCAGCGUUCUUUUGGCUACUAUCAUUGUUACUAUCGUCAAUUUUAUGGAAUGUAGUUACACCUUUAAAGAGAAAUCUUUCUUUUGGCUUAGUCUUCUCAGUGAUAUUUCAAGAAACAUUUAGAUUAUUUUUUUACAAACUUCUUAGGAAAGCUGAAGUUGGAUUAAAAAAAGUACAAGAAGUUGGUGCAGAUGGUGCUGUGGUAUCCAGUAAUCGGAGCACUUUAGCUUAUGUGGCUGGUUUAGGUUUUGGUUUAAUGAGUGGUUUAUUUUCCCUCAUCAAUGUUUUGGCUGAUUCAGUUGGGCCUGGGACAGUUGGAUUGAAUGGUGAUUCUCACUACUUUUUUAUAACAUCAGCAUUUACUACUCUUGCUUUUACUUUGCUCCAUACAUUUUGGGGAGUGAUUUUUUUCCAUGCUCUGGAUAACAAUAGUUACUUAAAGAUUGCCUUUGUCUGCUUGUCUCAUCUCAUAGUAUCUUCUUUGACUUUGCUGAACCCUCUGCGUCUUUAUCUUGUUUCGAUCAUUCCAGCUUACGUCAUUACCAUCGUGAGUGCAAUUUUAGCCUACCAGUCAGCAGGUGGAAGUUGGCAGAGCCUAAUGACCUCAUUAUCUGCCCGCAAUAACAAUUGAUGUUUAUCCUCUCUUUAUUUAUGAUAAUGUUCGAGCCAAACUUAAAAAAUUUCCAAUGUGACAUUGGGAUUAAUCAUCACUAAGCUCAUAUUUUCUAGUGUUUCAUUUAGGUCAGAAACUUAUUUUUUAAAAGAUAAAAUGGAAGUGAGACAUCAAACCGAUGAUUCAUAGAAGAAUGGAGUCUCCCAUUCACAAUUUUUGUAUUCCUGCCACAUUUGCAAGUUUGCGCUGAGCUGGGCUCAAAGGCUGACAUUGUAAAAGUGUCUUGUGUGACUGUUUUACUUUUUGUGUGCAGAGUUGUAGCUUUUAGGUGUUGAGCACCAUAAGAUAAGAUAAAAUGCUUGUUUCAGAGUGGUCUGAAUUGACUCCAAUGUGUUAAUUUGAUAUAUAAAUGCAUACUUAGUAGACCUUUGACAUUUGCUUAGAAAUCAGGGUUGAGUUGGCAUUUUAAUGUCCUAAAUUGAGGAAAAGUUAUCAAAAUUUAUAACAAGUGAAAUUCAGCAAUUAUUGUAUUUUUAACACGUUGAAUGCCACAAUAAUAUUACAUGGAUUGCCGUAUGUGUUGCAUUAAUUUCUUCAAACCAUUUUAGUAACGAUAGUAAUAUAAAAAAAU